AUGUCUAUUUGUCAGUUCUUUCUUCAAGGCUGGUGCUGCUUUGGAUAUUGGUGCUGGAAUGAGCAUCCCUAUGCCAGAACUAUUAGAAGAUGUGGGUGGGAUAAGGGUAACCAGAGAUCCUCCACUGUGAUCCAGCCAUCCAGUUUCUCCAAGUCUUCAUCAUUACGGGGCAGCAGAGAUCAAGUGAAGCCAUCAAGCUGCACUCUAGGCUCUGGACCUUCACCUAGCAGCUGUGGAGAUUUGGGAUUGUCUCAGAGCUCGCUCACUUCACUUAACUCUGAUGAACAGAAAGAGGAAAAGAAACUUCUAGAAGGAACUGUAAAUGAUAUAAAGGUAUUGGAAUCAUCAGGACAGUGGGUGUCUUUUCUUAAUUCUCCACUGAAAAAAAAGUCUAGUAUAUCAGGCAUAUGUCACCAUGAAAUUCCUCCUGACAAAGAUUUUCUCGUGGCAUAA